AUGGGGGACUCCAACAUCAGCCUCUUGGUCGCAGCAUGUACAGAGAUGCAGGAGAGUCACCCAACAGGAAAGCUGGAUCAUUAUAUGGACAGCUAUGAUAUGGACUAUGGCAUCCUUCCUGAUGACAUCCCAGACACCACACAGGGCCAGGCCUUCUUUGUGGCCACCAUUGUAAUUGGAGCAGUCCUCGUCUGCAUAAUGCUCGUCUGUGGGCUGGGAAACUUCAUGUUCAUUGCCACGCUGACCCGCUACAAAAAGCUCCGCAACCUCACCAACCUGCUCAUUGCCAACCUGGCCAUCUCAGACUUCAUUGUGGCGGUGGUGUGCUGCCCGUUCCUGGUGGACUACUACGUGGUGAAGCAGCUUUCCUGGAGCCACGGAUUGGUGCUGUGCUCCUCUGUCAACUAUCUGCGGACUGUGUCUCUGUACGUGUCCACAAAUGCAUUACUCGCCAUUGCAGUUGACAGGUACAUGGCUAUUGUGCAUCCACUCAGGCCUCGUAUGAAGUUCCAAACCGCCUACUGCCUGAUAACAGUCGUCUGGAUUGUUCCCAUUCUGAUAUCAAUUCCCUCUGCCUACUUUACCUCUGAGACCAUGUACCCUCAUGGUGGCACCACCCCGACCAGUCACAAAGUCUUCUGUGCACAGAUCUGGCCUGUGGACCAGCAGGCCUACUACCGCUCCUACUUCUUGGUUGUUUUUGCCGUGGAGUUUGUGGGGCCUGUGAUCGUCAUGGCGAUGUGUUACACCCAAAUCUCCCGUGAGCUCUGGUUCAAGAAUGUCCCGGGUUUCCAGACGGAGCAGAUUAGGAAGCGGCUGCGUUGUCGCCGCAAGACGGUGAUGGUCCUCAUUGGGAUCUUGAUGGCAUACAUCCUGUGCUGGGCCCCGUAUUACGGCUACACCAUCCUGAGGGACUUCCAUCCGACGCUGAUCUCAAGACAAAAGAACUCACUGGUAGCCUUCUAUAUCAUUGAGUGCAUUGCCAUGAGCAACAGUAUGAUCAAUACCUUCUGUUUUGUAAGCGUCAAGAAUAACACAGUUAAGCACCUGAAGAAGAUAGUGCUGCUGCGCUGGAGGUCAACCUAUGCCCCCAGUAAGACUGUGGAUGAGAUGGACAUUAGGACCUCGUCCAUACCUGUGACAGAGGAGAUUGAAUGUAUUCACCUGAGGUGAA